AAAAUAGUGAGAAACUCAUUUUGUCCACACUAGGCUACUAUCCAAAACUCCAACCCAAGAGCACAACUCUUUUCAGAUUCUUUUCUGUCUUCCCCACCUUCCAUUACAUACACUACAUGUUACUAUUAUCACACACAAACACACACACACACACACAGAGAGACAGAGUAACAAGAAACCUCAAGAAAUGGCAAACUCAAUCCUCCUCACAACCCCCUUCCCUCUAUCAUCAAAGCCCAAAUCUUUUCACUUAAAACUCACCUCAUCCUUCACACACAUCACUAUUAACAACCCCUUUAAAUUGCCCACCAGAAAGCUCCCUAAUUCCCAACUAUCAAAUUUCAAGAAAAUUCAAGCAAUUGGCGAAACAGAUGAAAGAAGUAGUAUUAGUAUUGACCCAGAUGAAGAUUUGCUGGUUGGGGAGGAUGCUGCAGUUUUUGAGUUGGGUCAGCAGAAGGUUUCUUCGUGGCUUUAUUUUGGUGGGGUUUUAGGGGUUGUGUUGUUUAUUCUUCAGGUGGGUUGGAUUGAUAAUUCUACUGGGAUUGGGAAAGAUUUUAUUAAUGCUGUCUCUGCCAUUUCAGAUAGCCCUGAGGUGGUGAUGUUACUCCUCAUUCUCAUUUUUGCUGGUGUCCAUAGUGGCUUGGCUAGUCUUAGAGAUGCUGGUGAGAAACUUAUUGGAGAACGUGCGUUCCGUGUCUUGUUUGCUGGCACAUCUCUUCCCCUCGCUGUUAGCACUGUUGUGUAUUUCAUCAAUCACAGAUACGAUGGUGUUCAGUUAUGGCAGCUGCAGGAUGUUUCCCUGUUACAUCAUUUAUUAUGGCUCUCUAAUUUUGUUUCCUUUUUCUUUCUCUAUCCGUCAACCUUUAAUUUGUUAGAGGUCGCAGCAGUAGACAAGCCCAAAAUGCAUCUUUGGGAAAGUGGGAUCAUGAGAAUUACUCGGCACCCACAGAUGGUUGGGCAGGUGAUGUGGUGUCUUGCUCACACAAUCUGGAUUGGGAACUCUGUAGCAGUGGCAGCUUCGGUUGGCCUAAUAGGCCAUCAUCUCUUUGGUGUUUGGAAUGGUGACAGAAGGCUGGCCAUUCGAUAUGGUGAAGAUUUCGAGCUUGUAAAAAGCCGAACAAGUGUCAUACCAUUUGCAGCUAUUCUCGAGGGUCGUCAAAAGUUACCGAAAGAUUACUACAAGGAAUUCAUUAGGUUGCCCUAUGCAGCAAUCACAUUUAUUACCUUAGGAGCAUACUUUGCGCACCCACUAAUGCGAGCUGCCAGUUUUGGGCUACAUUGGUAGGUCGGAACCACUAUCUUCCGCGAAAAGAAAACCAAGAAGUUGCGAAGUUUCGGUUUGAGAGCCAAAUGUUUAUGAUCGGAUGCAGGGUUGCUGGUAAUAAAGAAUUGGCGGUUCACUACCAAUGUGCUCCUGUAAGAGAUUAAUAUAUAGGUAUACUGUUAAUACAUAAAUAUAUAUAUUAGUAAAUUUUUGUGUAUUAUUGGCAAGCAUAUGGUAUCAUUAUAUCUACAGACUAGACAAGUACUAUUGUUUUAUACCAAUUUGUUCCUCAUUACAAUUUUCCAAGGCAAUGAUUUACUCUUCUAUCUA